GAAGUGACGUUACACGAAUCCGGAAAACGACACAAAUAACAACAACUGGAGCUUUGGCUUUCUUUGCCACCUCGCUCGAGAUUCGUCGUGAAGGAUCACAGUGAACAGAAUGGCUACUGACUGGUUAGGAAGUGUUGUGUCUAUAAACUGCGGGCUGACGUUGGGAGUUUAUCAGGGAGAGGUGUCAUCUGUUGAUCACGCCAGUCAGACCAUCUCACUGAAACAGCCCUAUCACAAUGGGGUCAGAUGUCCUCUUCCAGAGGUCACAUUCAGUGCCAUGGAUAUCAAGGAGUUGAAGUUCCUAGACAUACAGAAUACAGUCAGCAAGCCCAACUCUGCUCAGGGAGCUACAACAGAAUCCAGCUUCAUUCCUUCAGGUCGCCACAAUCAGAGUAACAGACUCACUCAGCCUCAUGUGACAAGCAGCAGCUCUCAUUCCAGCACUGCUCCAAUAACCAUCUUACGCAGAGCUCCUGCAGGUUCAUCUAACAGCAGAGGGGCGACACAGACCGCACAAAAAAAAAAUAGUGUGAGGAAUGGAGGUGCUGGAGGGCUGAUGAGGACAAAGGAUGAUGAGUGCUUCGGAGGCGGGACUGAUGAGAACCUGGACGCAGACUUUGACUUUGAGGGAAACCUGGCUCUGUUCGACAAAGCCGCCGUCUUCUCCCAGAUUGACGGGACCAACAGCCACAGCAACAGGGCACAGCAUCCAAGCAUACAGGGCGAGCAGAAACCCCUGUCCUAUCGCCACGAUGAGAAUAUUCUGGAGGUGAAGCCCGUCGUAUACCGACAAAUAACAGUGCCCCAGCAUGGCGGCAGAGAGUACUGUACUGAUUCAGGCCUGGUGGUUCCCAGCGUGCCCUACGAGGUUCAUAAGCGUCUGCUAGCAGCUGCAGAGCGCUGGGGCCUCUCUCUGGAGCGCAGGCUGGAGACGAUCGGUGUUUGUUCCAGUCAGAUGGCUCUCACUCUGCUGGGCGGACCAAACAGACUGACCCCAAAAAAUGUCCACCAGAGGCCCACUGUGGUCCUCCUGUGUGGACCACACAUCCAGGGAGCCCAGGGCAUCAGCUGUGGUCGACACUUGGCCAACCAUGAAGUGGAGGUCAUCAUGUUCCUGCCCAACUUUGUCAAGAUGCAGGAGUCGGUCAACAAUGAGGUCCAACUCUACAGCAGAACGGGCAGCAAGCAAGUGGCAAGCAUAAAAGACCUGCCUGCGAGCCCAGUCGACCUGGUCAUCAACUGCCUGGAUUGCCACGAGAACCCACUGCUGAGGGAGCAGACCUGGUAUCAGUCGGCCGCUGACUGGGCCAACCAAAACCGGGCUCCAGUGUUAAGUAUCGAUCCUGCGGUCAGCAGCCAGCAUCAGACUGUUGAGGCGAAGUGGACGCUCUCUUUGGGCCUUCCACUACCUUUACCUGAGACGGAGAGCAGGGUCUACCUCUGCGACAUUGGCAUCCCUAAACUGGUUUACCAGGAAGUUGGAAUCCGCUACCACUCACCCUUUGGAUGUAAAUUUGUCAUUCCUCUGCACACGGCAUAAGAGAGAGGCCACUGACAUUGCACUUAGUUACAAAUAGACCCUAGGAGGGAAUGGUCAGCUUUUUCACACUUGGUGAAGGUACCAUUAUGUUUGUGUCAAUAGCUGAAGAGCAACUAUAUGACUUAAACAAUAUUUUGCUUACAAUUUUCGUGACAUGUCUGAAAGCACACGGUGUAGAUCUUUCCUCUCUAGCCUGUUGGAAACUCCCGCAGGUCACCGCGUGUUGCGUGCGACACCUCUUGUUUUUGAGAAGGAAAGGUUUCCU